UCAGACCCCUGAGGAACCGGCACAGCGAAGCUCCUCCCAGCAGGGGUGGGCAAGCAGGAUAAACAGGCAACCUGCACUUCUCCAGGGUCAUUGUGGAACUCACUGUCGAGAAUCAAGAUGGGCAGCUUCUCUGUGAUGGCUCUGCUCUUCCCGCUUCUCCUGCUGGUGGUGAGCGGAAGCCUCAACACGACAGCGAUGCUAGAUUCCAAUGGGACCACACCUGACUACAAUAACACAGAGACAUUGCCACAUGUGACUCCAGUACUGUAUGAUUCGAAUGAGACCACACCUGUGUACAAUGGUACUGAACCCCCUACCACCACCCCCUCAACUGUUACGCCUCAAGGAUAUUCAAUGAGCUGCAGGCAAGACCCUCCCGUCUGCUGUAUGUUAUUCGACUGGAGCUGCUACAGGGGCUGCUACUGUGACGUGGGGUGUCUGAGACGUGGGGACUGCUGUCCCGACUUCAAAGAGACCUGUGUGACAGGUUUUCCGAAUGAAACGACCGACCUGCCCACCAAUGGCACCAACAUCACCAGCUCGGGGGACUUCAAUGCCAGCUCGCAGUUUCCCAUCUGGUCCCUCUCAGGCAGCUGCAAAUCACCAGAACCUAUGUGCUGCUCUUGGUAUGACGUUAGGUGUUACAGGGGGUGUUUCUGCGACAAUGCAUGUAAGAAUAAUGGAGACUGCUGCCCUGACUACGAAUCCACCUGCUCAGUGACGAUGUUACUCAACUUGAAUGUUAGGCUCCUGGUUCCGACUACUGCAAGCGAGUCUGAAAUAGACUCGGCGCUUUAUGUGGGCGCCGCUCAGCUUGAUCAGGCCUUACAGAGUCGCUACAGCUACUGGUGGUACUACUACAACUUCUAUGGUUUGAGGGUCACCAGGAUUGCGAGGAAGCCCUGAACGAUGCUGGUCCCCAGGCUUCCUCUCCACCAACAUGGAUGUCAACUUCAAAUAUUUUAGGCUAAAAUCAGCCGUUUAUUUUGGAUGAUUUUUACAAUGAUUUUGAUGAUGAUUUUCUGCCUCUGUCACCCUGCUGUUCACAAACUCAUUUUGGAUUCCCAGGAAACCAAGAUAACAAAGUAAAUAAAUGGGCAUGAUAAAUUACGAUAUUAAAAUAAUGAGCUUUGUUUCUUUACAUUUUCUUGCUUCUUCCUGACUUAGCAUGAUUUAGCACUUAGCAUAUCUGGUGGCCAGCUGGUCCUCCGUUAUAUGGACAUGAACUGACAGGAAUGAGAGAUGAAUGGAACGUCUGGCAACCUCCAUGAUUGGGGACCCCAUUUUUCCCACCGUAAAACAUCAACUAAAAUAAAUUAUAUGCAAAUGAACUUCUUUCUGCCACUGACUGUGUAAUAAAUCCGAUACAAAUAAAUAAUUUAUAUAAA